AGUGCUUCUCAUACUUUAGGAUACAAUUAAGCAUCUUACCACAGAAAAGAAUUUUCAACUCUUUGUUCCUGUCUUCUAGUUGAAAAGAAAAAGGAAUGAAAUAAUGCCAUUUGCAGCAACAUGGAUGGACCUAGAGAUUGUCAUACUGAGUGAAGAGACCAUUCCUAGGGAAUAAUACAAGAAGAUUUAAGUAUCAUAAAACUUUGGAAUGGACAAACUCAGGAUGGUGCUACGUGAAAACUCUGGAUCUACUGAAUUUAGAAGAUGUUCUGCCCACUUAAGUCCUUUCACUAUUGCUGUGGUCUCAGUUCUCAGUUCCUGUUUGGUCACCAGUUCUCUUGGAGGAACAGACAAGGAGUUGAGGCUAAAGGCUGGUGAAAACAAGUGUUCUGGGAGAGUGGAGGUGAAAGUCCAGGAGGAGUGGGGAACUGUGUGUAAUAAUGGCUGGGACUUGGCCGCAGUCUCCGUUGUUUGUAGGCAGCUGGGAUGUCCAACUGUUAUCAAAGCCACUGGAUGGGCUAAUUCCAGUGCAGGCUCUGGACGCAUUUGGAUGGAUCAUGUUUCUUGUCGAGGAAAUGAAUCAACUCUCUGGGAUUGCAAACAUGAUGGGUGGGGAAAGCAUAACUGUACUCACCAACAGGAUGUUGGAAUCACCUGCUCAGAUGGAUCUGAUUUGGAGAUGAGGCUGAUGAAUGGAGGAAACCGGUGCUCAGGAAGAAUAGAGGUCAAAUUCCAAGGACAGUGGGGAACUGUGUGUGACGAUAACUUCAACAUAGAUCAUGCUUCUGUGGUUUGUAAACAACUUGAAUGUGGAAGUGCUGUCAGUUUCUCUGGUUCAGCUAAUUUUGGAGAAGGUUCUGGACCAAUCUGGUUUGAUGAUCUUGUAUGCAAUGGAAAUGAGUCAGCUCUCUGGAACUGCAAACAUGAAGGAUGGGGAAAGCAUAAUUGUGAUCACGCUGAGGAUGCUGGAGUGAUUUGCUUAGAGGGAGCAGACCUGAGCCUGCGACUGGUAGAUGGAGUCACUGAAUGUUCAGGAAGAUUAGAAGUGAAAUUCCAAGGAGAAUGGGGGACAGUGUGUGAUGAUGGCUGGGAUAGUAACGAUGCCGCUGUGGCAUGUAAGCAACUGGGAUGUCCAACUGCCGUCACUGCCAUUGGUCGAGUCAACGCCAGUGAAGGAACUGGACAUAUUUGGCUUGACAGUGUUUCCUGCCAUGGACAUGAGUCUGCUCUCUGGCAAUGUAAACACCAAGAAUGGGGAAAGCAUUAUUGCAAUCAUAAUGAAGAUGCUGGUGUGACGUGUUCUGAUGGAUCAGAUCUGGAACUGAGACUUAAAGGUGGAGGCAGCCAGUGUGCUGGGACAGUGGAGGUGGAAAUUCAGAAUUUGAUAGGGAAAGUGUGUGACAGAGUCUGGGGACUGAAAGAAGCUGAUGUGGUUUGCAGGCAGCUGGGAUGUGGAUCUGCACUCAAAACAUCCUAUCAAGUUUAUUCCAAAAUUAAGGCAACAAACACAUGGCUGUUUUUAAGCAGCUGUAAUGGAAAUGAAACUUCUCUUUGGGACUGCAAGAAUUGGCAAUGGGGUGGACUUAGUUGUGAUCACUAUGAUGAAGCCAAAGUUACCUGCUCAGCCCACAGGGAACCCAAACUAGUCGGAGGGGACAUUCCCUGCUCUGGUCGUGUUGAAGUGAAACAUGGCGACACCUGGGGCACCGUCUGUGAUUCUGACUUCUCUCUGGAAGCGGCCAGUGUGCUAUGCAGGGAAUUACAAUGCGGCACGGUCGUCUCUAUCCUGGGGGGAGCUCACUUUGGAGAAGGAAACGGACAGAUCUGGGCUGAAGAAUUCCAGUGUGAGGGGCACGAGCCCCAUCUUUCCCUCUGCCCAGUAGCACCCCGCCCAGACGGGACCUGUAGCCACAGCAGGGAUGUUGGAGUCGUCUGCUCAAGAUACACAGAAGUUCGCUUGGUUAAUGGCAAGUCCCCAUGUGAAGGAAGAGUGGAGCUCAAGAUUCUCGGGACCUGGGGAUCUCUCUGCAACUCUCACUGGGACGUGGAAGAUGCUCACGUUUUCUGCCAGCAGCUGAAAUGUGGAGUUGCCCUUUCUACCCCAAGAGGAGCGCCUUUUGGGAAAGGAAGUGGGCAGGUCUGGAGGCACAUGUUUCACUGCACCGGGACUGAGCGGCACAUGGGAGAUUGUCCCGUGACGGCUCUGGGUGCAUCGCUAUGUUCUUUGGGGCAAGUGGCCUCUGUAAUCUGCUCAGGAAACCAGAGUCAGACGCUCCCCCCGUGCAAUUCAUCAUCCUCGGACCCAACGAGCUCUAUUGUUUCAGGAGAAAGUGGUGUUCCCUGCAUAGGGAGUGGUCAACUUCGCCUGGUCAACGGAGGCGGGCGCUGUGCUGGGAGACUAGAGAUCUAUCAUGAGGGCUCCUGGGGCACCAUCUGUGACGACAGCUGGGACCUGAAUGAUGCCCACGUGGUGUGCAGGCAGCUGGGCUGUGGAGGGGCCAUUAAUGCCAUGGGUUCUGCUCAUUUCGGGGAAGGAACUGGGCCCAUCUGGCUGGAUGAGGUGAACUGUAACGGAAGAGAAUCUCGCAUUUGGCAGUGCCAUUCCCAUGGCUGGGGCCGGCACAACUGCAGGCAUAAGGAGGACGCAGGAGUCAUCUGCUCAGAGUUCAUGUCUCUGAGACUCAUCGGUGAAACCAGCAGAGAGACCUGUGCAGGACACCUGGAAGUGUUUUACAAUGGAGACUGGGGCAGCGUUGGCAAGAGUAACAUGUCUGCAGCCACAGUGGGAGUGGUAUGCAGGCAGUUGGGCUGUGCGGACAAAGGGAGCAUCAUCAUUCCUGCAUCUUCAGACAAGACGAUGUCCAAGCACAUGUGGGUGGACAAUGUUCAGUGUCCUAAAGGGCCUGACACCUUAUGGCAGUGCCCAUCGUCUCCGUGGAAGAAGAGACUGGCCAGCCCCUCGGAGGAGACCUGGAUCACGUGUGCCAACAAAAUAAGACUUCGGGAAGGAAGCACUAAUUGUUCUGGACGUGUGGAGGUCUGGCACGGAGGUUCCUGGGGCACCGUAUGUGAUGACUCCUGGGACCUUGACGAUGCUCAGGUGGUGUGUCGACAGCUGGGCUGUGGCUUAGCUUUGGAGGCAGGAAAAGAGGCGGCGUUUGGCCAGGGGACGGGGCCCAUAUGGCUCAAUGAAGUGCAGUGCAAGGGGAAUGAGUCCUCCCUGUGGGAUUGUCCCGCCCUGUCCUGGGGCCACAGUGCCUGUGGGCACAAGGAGGAUGCUUCCGUGAAGUGCUCAGAAAUUGCAAAGAAUGAAGGAUCACUAAAUGCCACAGGUCACUCAUCCGUUGUUGCACUUGGGGUCCUUGGGGUCAUCCUGUUCGCCUCUCUCACCGUACUCCUCUUGUGGAUUCAGAAGCGAAGACAGAGACAGCGGCUUACAGUUUUUUCGAGAGGAGAGAAUUCUGUCCACCAAAUUCAAUACCGCGAGAUGAAUUCUUGCCUGAAGGCAGAUGAUCUGGACCUACAGAAUUCCUCAGAAAAUUCCAAUGAGUAAGAUGGUUUUAAUGAUGCUGGACUAAUUUCUGUGUCUAAAUCUCUUCCUAUUUCUGGAUGAAAAAAGGAGACCACUCUGAGGUACA